UAAAUACUACCUCCUAACGAAAUGUUACGAGUACCAAAAAUCCGUUGGGCCCCGUUGGCCAAUGCGGCCAGAGCAAAAUCAACCACAGCUCGAGCAACUACCGGUGAUGAGUACCAAUAUCUGCAACGAUCCAAGAUACCGAUGCUUCAUUUCCAACCAUCGUUGCCCCGGUUACCGAUCCCCGAGCUCGAGAAAACCUGUUCCCGCUAUCUGGCCGCCCAGCAGCCACUACUCACUCCGGAAGCCUUUGAUCGCACGAAGGCCGCUGUGAAACAGUUCUCCGAAGGGGACGGUCCAAAACUGCAGGCACUUCUGAAGGAGUUCGAUGCAAAGAACAAGCAUACUAGCUACAUUUCCGAGCCAUGGUUCGAUAUGUAUCUGCGCGAUCGAGCGCCACUUCCGUUGAACUACAACCCGCUGCUGAUGAUGAACCCUGACCCGCGGCCAGAGUACAACAAUCAGUUGCUGCGUACGACGAACCUGAUUAUCAGCUCGCUUCGCUUCAUGAAGUCGCUUCGGGCUCGUUGUCUUGAGCCAGAAGUGUUCCAUAUGAACCCGGCCAAAAGCGAUACAUCCACUUUCCGGACGGUGACCUCGCUGAUGCCUUCGAUCAUAUCGACGUACGUGGCGUACACGUUUAAGGCGUUCCCGCUCGAUAUGAGCCAGUAUCAGGGUCUGUUCGGUGGAACGCGCAUUCCUGAGUUGGGGAAAGAUCGAAUCUACCGAAGCGAUUCUUCUCGCCAUGUGCUCGUCCUCAACAAAGGCAACAUGUACGCAGUAGAUGUAAUGGAUGAGGCUGGUAAUAUUGAACAACCGGCCACACUCAUGGCACGCAUCGAUCGAAUCCUCAACGAUAAUAGGCCGCCGGCAGCAGAACCGCUGGGACUUCUAACGACUGAAAACCGUGACCGAUGGGCGACGGCUAGAAGUCACCUGACGCAAAUUGGAAGCAACGCCAAAUCACUCGAGCUGGUCGAUUCUGCACUGUUCUGCCUAUGUCUGGACGAUUCGACCAUCAGCCCGGACAAUCCAAUCCCGGCUAUACGCAACUUCCUUUUCGGCGAUGGCACCAACCGAUGGUUCGACAAGUCGUUCUCGCUCAUUGUGGCCAAAGAUGGGACGGCUGGCAUUAACUUUGAACACUCCUGGGGCGACGGAGUGGCCGUGUUGCGAUACUUCCAGGAGAUUUUCAAAGAAACCACGACGGCACCGUUCGCUCAUCCGGGUCUGAAAGGGAACGACCCGGCCGGAGCUGGCGGUAGCCCGGUAGUGCCGAUCGAAUUCACACUGGACGAGCAGGUGCGGGGUGCCGUUCGGGCAGCCGAGAAUCACCACAACGCGAUCAUCGACUCGCUGGACAUGAACUACAUGAAGUUCGAGGGCAUUAACAAGGGCGUUUGCAAGCAGCAACGCAUCAGCCCAGACUCGGUGAUGCAGCUUGGAUUCCAGCUUGCGUUCUACAAGCAGCACGGCCGCUUUGUGGCCACGUACGAGUCGUGUAGUACGGCCGCGUUCCGACACGGGCGUACGGAAACCAUGCGUCCCUGCACGCUCGCCACCAAAGAGUUCUGCAAAGAGAUCGAGCGUGCCGAGGGCCCAAAAAAGAAGAGCGUGGCCGAGCUGCGCGAGCUUAUGAACAAAUGCUCCACCGUGCACGGGCAGCUAACGAAGGAGGCGGCCAUGGGACAGGGCUUCGAUAGGCAUCUGUUUGGAUUACGACACACGGCACAGAAAAACGGGUUACCACUGCCCGCGCUCUAUGAAGACCCUGCGUAUGGAGCCAUCAAUCACAACAUUCUCUCGACCAGCACGCUCUCUUCGCCCGCUCUUUUGGCCGGUGGAUUUGGCCCGGUGGUUCAAGAUGGCUACGGCAUCGGGUACAACAUCCAGGACGCUUAUCUGGGCAGCGUGGUAACAAGCUACAAGCCGCAUCGCAAUGGUCGCGAGUUUGUUGAAUGUCUUCGUGAGGCUUAUGAAGAUAUUACCAAGGUAUUAACUUCCGGUGGUACUCCAUCCAAAGGCAAAUAAUUCACGGACCUGGGCCGCUCUCGCAUUUCCGAAUACGUCGCAAUAUUUCAGAACCUGUUUUUGUUAUGGGGGGUGGUAAUUUGGCUGAAAAUGUGUUUCCCAUCCUUUUAUAUUCCAAGACUAGCUAAUAAAGUAACGUAUAUUUUGUACCUUUCUA